CAGACCCACGUCCGCCACCCGCAGCUCAGCACCUCUGCCGCCAGCUGGCGUGUGAGUGAGCUCGUUGGUUGCCUGUGUUUGUGCGUGUAUAGCAGCGGCCCACGACGACUUUGUUUGGUUUAUUUGUGGGCACGGCCAAGGCCUCUUCAUAUCUCAGCUUGGAACACCAAGCACCUGACGCAGAACAAGAGGUGCCCCUCAAACUAGGGGCGCGAGGCAAGUCCUCGCCCGUAGGAGCAGCGACUGGGCAGUUCCCAAGAAGCGUGAGUCACCGAGUGAGUCAGGCAACGGCAGCAGCAGCAGCAGCAGCAGCAGCGGAGCAGUGCACACCCCACGCUACCACAGUCUGGCGCACACUACCUAGGCAGCGCGCCUCCUACCCGCACGCGCCACCUCGCCUCUCCACCACCAGCGCCACCCUCACAGAGCCGGACAUUGCUCAAAUUGUGACCGUGCAAGCAACACCCAGUCAUGUCGUGGAGUGCGGACGUAACCGUACUGGACCUGAACUCCCUGGUCAGCCAAGGAGCCGAGGCUUCAUUCAGCCCGCAGACCUUCGGCGGGCAACAAGCACGUCCCCUGCAUCAGCUUCCACAGCAGCAGCACUUCCAGCAUCCCCAGCAGCCACACUAUCAGAUGUUUGACGCGCCUCAACAGACAGGGUUCAGCAAGCCCUACUUGGACGUACCAUUCAGUGAAUACAGUCUGUUGUCCCCUGGAGGCGAGUCGGGCUACAGCAGCGGCUGCAGUGUAGGUCAAGCAUCACCCAUGAGUCGCAACGUUGGAGGUUCUCCCGCGCCACCGCGGCCCACGUCACGCACCACUCCUGCCCUAGACGGAAAUAUGGAGUCCAGCUACAUCACCUCUGCCAGCAACACACUUAACAACUACGGGGCAGUCGGGUGUGAAGCAUUUGGCAGCCAGAACAAUGUAUACGAUGUUCUCAACUCCAGCUUUGAUACCUCCUAUGACAGAGUACUCGACACAAGUUACGGGUCACCUGCAGCUGGCUACUCUUCACCUUACAUCGAGUCCACCUGCGACUCUCCAUACAGUCUGCCACCCCAAAUCGCCUACGAGCCUGCCCUGCAGCAGGAGCACCAGGAUUCACAACAGGAAAAGCAGUUCAAAGUACCUCCUGAUCCGCGCAUGUGGACAGCUGAGGACAUUGAGUCUUGGGUCGCCUGGGCCAGAAAGGAGUUUGAUCUGUCACCUACUCUGAGCUCAGCACUUCUGCCCUCCUCAGGCUAUGAACUCUGCAGUCUGACCAGAGGUGACAUUCAGCGCAAAGUUGGCAAGAACUCCGGUCGAAAGUUGGCUCAGCACCUCGACAUCUUGCUGGGUUAUUUGGGAUCCAGCUUGCCCAAGGAUGAAAUGCAGGACUUCUUGGAGCCUGAGUCUGACAGCCAGGAUGAACAGAUUGAGGGCGAUCCCUACCAGAUCUUGGGAAAACUCUGCCAAAGAUUGUCAGCGCAAGGGUCAGGCCAGAUCCAGCUGUGGCAGUUCCUCCUGGAGCUGCUCUCAGACCCCGCCAACGCCAAUGUCAUCACCUGGGAGGGCACAACCGGAGAGUUCAAGAUCCUUGACCCAGACGAGGUGGCGCGCCGCUGGGGUGAGAGGAAGUCCAAGCCCAACAUGAACUACGACAAGCUUUCCCGCGCCCUUCGCUAUUACUACGACAGGAAUCUCAUGGCCAAAGUGCACGGCAAGCGUUACGCCUACAAGUUUGACUUUCGUGCUGUGGAACAAUUGCAACAAGCACAACAGAGCGACCCCCAGUCCCGCCCAAUGCCUGACCUGGGCUCCCUCCGCGCCGUCCUCAAUAGCGAGUUAGAAUCCUCUCCCCGCCAAUGGAUGUAAACUGCUUAGUGCCUUAGGAGGACGUGAUCUCAGGUGACAGGGUGCACGCCACCCCUGAAGGAGCCCCGGUGAGGCGUAAAGACCAUUUCCAAGUACCUGUGGGGGCAUCUCACCUCCUGUGAUACCACUGCGUGACCAAGGGUGGAGCCUCCCUCCCCUCCCCGCCCCACCCCGCCAUGCCACAACCACACCCCGGCGUGGUGCCCUGGCCGGGCUCACCUGGUCCAUAGACACCAGGUACAUUCAGGUCGAGCUUAGAAGUCCCUCAUAUGGGUCUCAGCUUCUGUGAUCUCCGGUUUGAUAGGUUCCUGGCGGGGCCUGCAACUCUCAGCCCCUCUCACCCUCAGCCCCUUUCAUCCCAUGCCCAUAUCACUUCAGCCCCGCCUCUCUGUACAAACUUGCGCUCUUGUAUAUACAUCUGUGAUAAUAUUUAUAUAUUUAAGACUUUUCUAAGGUUUUAAGAUUUUGUUUAAUAAAAAGUAUAGUUAAUAA